AUGAUUGGGUCAAGAACUAGAAUGGCAGGCGCCAGACAGCUAGCGCGUCACUACCACAUCUCCGCCAAGGACAGCGCAAGCAAGGUGUCUACCCUAGCCGUGCGUGUGCACGCCGGCGCGCGUUAUGCCCCCAAGGAGGGUUUGGCGCACUUGUUGUCGAGAUUCAACUUCCACAACACCGGCAACAAGUCUGCGUUGCGUCUGGUGCGCGAGUCCGAGCUACUGGGCGGUCGUUUCGAAUCGACGGUCGACCGUGAGUACAUCACUUUGAAGGCCACUUUCCUGAAGGAGGAUCUGCCCUACUACGUCAGCGCGCUGGGCGACGUUGUGUACAAGACCUCUUACAGACCACACGAGUUGCCAGAGUCCGUGUUGCCUGCUGCGCACCACGACCUAGCCGUCGCGCAGGCGUGCCCAGUGAAGAGCGCCGAGAACCUGCUGUACAGCACUGUGUUCCGCAGCGACCUCGGUAACGCGGUCUUGUACGACGCCGUCCAGAAGGUUUCGCUCGACGACAUCAAGGCGUACGCAGACAAGGUGUACACACGUGACAACAUCGAGAUCGCGGGCCAGGGCGUCAACGAGAGCGACCUCAAGCGCUUCGUCAACGACUCGCUGUUCGCUUCGCUGCCUCAAGGCACCUCUCUGGCCAAGGAGGCAACCCCAAAGACCUUCGUCGGCGAGACCCGUCUGAGAUCCGCCGAGGGCGACUCCGUGGCCGCUAUCGCCGUGCCAGUGGCCAAGGCCGACUUCGCCACCUACCAGGUCUUGGCUACCUACCUAACCUCUGCCUUGAGCGAUCUAUCUCCAUUGGUCACUAAGGCCAAACUCGACCAGUACUCCAACGCCGGUCUGUUCUCGCUCUACGUCAAGGGCUCCGACGCUGCCGUUGUUUCCGAGAACAUCAAGAAGGUCGUCGCCACCCUGAAGACCGGUAAGGACAUCUCCGCUGCCAAGGGCGCUGCCGCUUUGCAGCUGGCGCUGCACAACGAGACUGCGGCCUUCCCCGUCCAGCUCUCGCUCGACAACGUCAAGGACUUCAAGUUGGGCAAAUUCAGCUACGCUGCCGUGGGCGAUGUCGCCAAAUUGCCAUUCGCCGACGAAUUGUAA